AUGCGACGUGAAGUAAGAAUUUUGCUUGUUGGAGACGACGGUGUUGGGAAGAGCACAUUGAUAACUUCUCUUACCAGGGAAACUUAUGUUUCUGACCUUCCGCACGUCGUGCCUGAAGUUACGAUUCCACCUGAAAUUACUCCCGAGAAUGUAACAACACAUAUCGUAGAUUCAGGUCUCGGCGUAAAUGUUCCAAUUAUAUUAGUAGGAAGUAAAAUCGACCUUCGAGGUGAUCAAAUUACCAAUCAAUCAUUAGAAGACGAAAUAAUACCGAUCAUGAAUGAGUUUAAGGAAGUUGAAACAUGUGUGGAAUGUUCGGCAAAGCAACCAUUAAAUGUUUCUGAAGUUUUUUAUUUUGCGCAAAAGGCAGUAUUACAUCCAACCGCACCUUUGUAUGAUUCUCGGGAACAUGUAUUAAAACCAGCCUGCAUUGAAGCUCUCAAAAGGAUUUUUAAUUUAUGUGAUUGUGAUAAGGAUGGAGUAUUAAAUGACGAUGAAUUGAAUGAAUUCCAGCGAAAGUGUUUCAAUGCGCCAUUGCAGCAACAAGAACUUGAAGGAGUUAAAGAGGUCGUGAAGGAACAUGAAUCAGCCGGUGUUAAUGAUGUAGGAUUAACGGAACUAGGUUUUUUAUUUCUUCAUACUCUCUUUAUACAACGUGGACGGCUUGAGACUACAUGGACUGUUUUAAGGAAAUUUGGAUAUGGUGAUGAUUUGUCGUUAAGAGAAGAUUUCCUUCACCCUCUUUUUGAAGUUCCACGUGAUUGUUCAGUUGAAUUAAGUCCUUCAGGGUAUCAAUUCUUUACGGAAAUAUUUCAAGUUUUUGACAAAGACAAAGAUGGUGCAUUAAAGGAUAGUGAAUUGGUUCAGUUAUUCAGUACUUCACCGGGAGAUCCAUGGGUAAAUUCCGAUUUUCCUCAUACUACAAUUACUAAUGAUGCAGGAGCUGUUACUUUACAAGGAUGGUUAGCACAAUGGAGUAUGACGACACUUCUCGAUUAUAAGACAACGUUGUCGUACUUGGCCUAUCUUGGAUUUGAAGGCGAUACAAGAAUGGCCUUAAAGGUGACAAAGCCAAGGAAAGCUGAUAGGAAAAGAAACAAAGUGCAACGUAAUGUAUUUUUAGCGUAUGUAUUUGGUGCAGCCGGUUCUGGUAAGACUUCCCUAUUGAAAGCUUUUGUUAACAAGCCAUUUGCAAAUGGCUACACACCCACUAUGAGGUCAUUUUGUGCAGUGAAUUCCGUUGAAAUUAAAGGUGCUGAAAAAUAUUUAGUGUUGCAAGAAUUUGGUUCAAAAUACGAAGCAGAAAUACUUCAGAAUAAACGCAAGAUGGAAGCUUGUGAUUUGCUUUGUUUUGUGUUUGAUUCUAGUGACGUGAAUUCAUUCUCAUAUGUUGUAGAACUUCGGAAACGACAUAAUUUAGAUAAUUAUCCUACAGUAUUUGUUGCUACAAAGAGUGAUUCUGAUUUAGUUCAACAGCGUAAUGAAGAUCAACCUGAUGUGUAUUGUCGUGCCCUCGGCUUAUCUGGUCCUGUUAGUGUUUCCGUAAAGAAACAACAAACAGCAGAUUUGUGGAAUCAUUUAGUGGGAGUAGCAAUUAAUCCGGUUCUUGCUACACCAGGGCUUGCAGGUUCAGCACAUGAAUCUUCUAGGGUCAAAAAAUAUUUGACGUUUACGGCAAUUAUGGGAGCUUUAGGAGGGGCAGCUUUCUUAGGAUAUAGAUUAUAUCAACAACAACGAGGAUUUGGAAAUAUAUCGAAGCGAGAUAUACUAUAG